CCUUCUGCCUCCAUCUCUCUAUAACUCUAUUUCUCUCACUUUCUUGGAUAUGAUGAAUGGUUAAAAACCAAACUCCUCUCUCUCUCUCUCUCCCUUUCACUCUCUCCCUCUCUCUCUUUCAGCCUUUCAAAUAUGUACAGAGCGGAACCCUAAUAUAAGUUUCAGCAUUUCAGACCAAAAGCUCAAAUCUAUUGAAGCAGUAAAAAGGUUGAGAUCAACGGCUCUCUCUCAUCAAUUGUUUCAUCACAAUCCGUGAAAUCUUUACUUUUCACUUUUUGACAUAAACGUACGUACCAUUUUGCUCCAACAAAAAACAAGCUAAGGAACAAGGAAAUCAAACUCUGUUUUGCAGAUCAUCAGAGCAGCUUGGCUUCUACCUUAUAUUCGAGUAAAUAUUCGUGAAAAUCUUAGAUAUGGAUUCUGGAAACAGCGGGAGCAUACAAUCCUCAAGCGGCGCAGACGAUGACUACGAGUCACGCGCCGGUGAAUCCACCUUUAGCAACCCAUCCUCCACCACAACCACAACCAACAACCCACUACUAUUCUCCCAAUCGUCCACCAUGUUUGACCCUCUAUCCAACUACUUCGACCCACCCAUCCCAUCUCGACCCACCCACCAAAACCAAAACCAAAACCAAAACACAUCCCUCCUCAAUCUAGACAUGCCUUCAUGGCCCAAAUCCCAACCCAAUCCUUUCUUCACACCCCAAACUCCCAUGUCCUCAUUCCCCCAUAUUUCAGAACCCAUUCCCACAACAACACCAGGGAAUAAUACGAAUCAAGUCAUCCAGCAAGAUCAGACUAGUCAGACUCAGACACGAAACCCGAAGAAAAGAUCUCGCGCCUCUAGGCGCGCACCCACCACUGUGUUAACCACAGACACCUCCAAUUUCCGAGCCAUGGUUCAGGAAUUCACUGGAAUCCCCGCGCCUCCUUUCACUUCCUCACCAUUCCCGAGAACCCGGCUCGAUCUCUUUACUUCCCCUUCUCCCUCAUCCUUCAGAUCUCAACCCUCGAGUUUCAAUCAAAAUCAUCUCCUCCGUCCAUUCCCUCAGAAAUUCCAACCCCAACUCUCACCGUUCACAACUAACCACAACAAUAUUAACACCGUUAUAACCACCGCCGCCGCCACAACUUCCGAACAAUUAGGCCUUCUAAAACCACCUCACAGCAGCAGCGGCGCCACUAAUAAUUAUAAUUUACUCAACAACAUGCAAAUGCAAAACCCCCUCACAUUCCAAUCCUUCCUCCAGCCCUCGUCUUCCGGUGAUCAUCAGUUCGGGAUAAAUACCCACCAGCUCAAUGCGAAUAACCCCUCGGCUCAUUUAUCGUCCCCGAGGAAUCAGGAAGAGGAAGGAAACGGGUACAAUUUUUCGGGUUCAGCCUCGUCGAAUUUGAAUUUUUCAGGAGGGAAAGCGGUGGGUGAUAAUGUAUCGGCAUCUGGUUCGACUACAAGAGGUGAGGGUCUAAUGGAGUCAUGGAUAUGUUCUUCGGAUUAAUUAUUAUUACAGUACUAUUAUUUCAUUUCACUGAAUUAUUAGAACAAAUGAAAUGAUUAUAUCAUGGAAAGUAUGGCGAGAGAGAGACUCUCUAUUAAGUGCUUAAUCAGUGUUUGUGUUAUUAAUCAUCUUUUCAAUGACUUCUGCAUUUUUCUUACUGUAACUAUUUUUUUUUAGUUUAUCCAUGUAAAUUAUGUACACUAUUACUAGUAAAAUGUCAGCAAUUUUCUCA